AUGGCGAUUGAUCAUGAACGGCUAUGUUUGACUCAGAAAGUUGAAGUAUUUGAGUAUGCGAUGGAUAAUACCACUGGUCAAGAUCUUUAUCGAGUGUUAUGGCUAAAGAGUCGAAAUUCAGAAGCUUGGUUGGAUCGUCGGAUCAAUUAUUCACGAUCAUUGGCUGUAAUGUCGAUGGUGGGACACGUACUUGGGCUUGGAGAUCGACAUCCUUCGAAUCUGUUGCUGGAUAGACUUACAGGGAUGAUCAUUCAUGUCGAUUUUGGUGAUUGUUUCGAAGUGGCGAUGACACGAGAAAAAUGGCCCGAAAGGAUACCGUUUAGGUUGACUCGAAUGUUAGUACAAGCGAUGGAAAUCAGUGGGGUUGAAGGUACUUACCGAAUCACAAGUGAGAACACAAUGAGAGUGAUGAGAUCAAAUAAGGAGAGUAUUAUGGCUGUACUGGAGGCUUUUGUACAUGAUCCAUUGAUCAAUUGGAGAUUGGUCAAGGGUGAGGGUGGGCCACGGAUGCGAAGGCCAAGAGAAGUGGAAACCAAUCUGUAUGAUACUGUUCAGGCCGAAGUAUUGAAUGAUAAAGCCCUAAUGGUCGUCAACCGAGUAGAGCAAAAACUAACAGGCCGGGAUUUCAAGCCUAACGAAGAGUUGAGUGUCGCUGAUCAAGUCAAUAAGUUGAUUCAAAAAGCUGUAUCAGCCGAGAACCUGGCACAAUGCUUUACUGGAUGGUGUCCAUUCUGGUGAACAAUGUGAACUCAGGAUUGAGAUUCAUCUUGCACUAAUAAAUAUGUGAAUCAUUGCUCAACUGUCUAUGACAAUCUCUUUGUUGAUGUAUUAUAUUCUUCUACUGUAUACAUAAUUGUCUUUGUCAACUCAGUAUAUCGUUUCUGAUUUCAAUAUGAGAUAUCCUACGCAACUACAAUAUAAACAAAUCAAUAUAUAUAUGUUCCUUUUGGGGGUUAAUGAGUUUGAACAAGUUGAUUGGGGUUGGUUGAGCUUGGGUUUGUAUGUAAAUUGUUUAUAUCCUUUGAAAGUUUGGUCAUAGGAUCAUUGUGAUAGGAAAUCUAUUUUUGUUUUGUUUUCGAUU